GAAGUGCCUCGUAGUGACGUAGUUAGCUAGUGUGCUAAAUGGCGGUUGUGGUCAGAGUGGACAGUAAACAGUGAAACGGUUAUAAUUGUAACUGUCAAAUUAUCAAUAACAUGUACCCGGCUGUGUCAGAAACACUCUGUAGUUACAAAAUGUCUAUUUUCAACUAUUUUCAGGUCGGUUCAUGUGCCGGGCUGACAGAAAAUUCAUUGCGGAGGAGACGAGCACGAAGCAAAGGGUAAGCGGUUCAGGGUUUCAAAGCGGGGCAACUAAUGUUUGGUUAAUUUAGCACUGCCACAGAGGUUUAUUUACAGAUUAAUGAGAUUAACAGACUUCAUCAUGCUGCUGAGGUGUUAAACAUUGAUGUUUUCGUUUUUAGUUGAAUUAAUGGAGAAUGGAGGUGGAGAAGAGGAGAGGGAGUGUGAAGUUGCUGAGCUCCGACUGAAAGUGGAGUCUUUGCAGCAGGAGCUGAGUGAAUGCAGAUCUGAGCUGAGCAAGUUACAGAAACAACUGAACCAGUCUGAGAGACUACAGAGGAGCACAGAGACCUACAACGAGGAUCUGAGGAAACAGGUCAGACAAUCACGACAGUCAGAAGAGCUACUAGACAGACCUCUGUCUGCAUUUCAUGGGUUUAUUCUGUUUGAGCUUUUCACGACAGUAGGGGAGAGUGGGGUAAGAUGAACCAUUUUUCAUAUUUCAGAUUACUACAUCAAGGCAAUCAUAGUUUUGUCUCUAACUAGUGUAUCUACAUAUAUUUCAACAUGUUGUGCAUUCCUGCAAACCAACAGAAUGAGUGUAAACAUAACUGUUUUGAUAAUACAGCAUGCCAAAAAAAGUGGUCUCCUAUGGUCAACUUACCUCGUGUAUGGGGUAAGUUGACCAUAGGAGCGGGGUAAGUUGAGCCAUAUCCCUAUUACCCCCCCCACUCUUCACCCCAGCCCUCCCUCACCGUCUAUCUUCCUAAAUAACAGUCACUUCUUCACAUUCAUUUGUAUUUUUAUCUAUUAUACGCUAUUCAACUGGUACAAUAAUUCUUUUUAUUAUUAUUGUAUAUAACUGCUAAAAAGCUGUUUUGUAAAAAAACGUUUUAACAUGAGAAUGUCUUCAAGUGAUUCAGAAUAUUCACAGCUGUAUUUUUGAAAAGAAAAAGUAACACAUUUCAACAAUCUGAACUGAAACUCUGAUCCUCUCAUCAGACUCCUUUACUUUCUCAGAUGAACCACUGGCUCAACUUACCCCAGAACUACUAUCAUGACUUUUUUAGUCCUCUAAGCUAAAAUGGUGGACUUAUGUUAGGUCUUUGACCUCAUGUUGUAGCUCCUAGAUACCACAAUUGAUGUCUAAAACAAAUUUAAAUGAUCUUUUUUUGGUCUGAACACAAUGCUAAUAAAACUUAUGACAGACUAAAUUCACUUAAAAGAGUGAAAAAUAUUUUUUUGGACAACAAGGGGUGGCUCAACUUACCCUUUGGCUCACCUUACCCCACUCCUCCCUACUAAUAUUAAAAUAAGAAAAUGGUAAUGUUUGAAAUACGCAAAUUAUAGGAACCAGGAAGAGAGUAUACUGUAGCUACCUUGCUUUUGUGUCAGUUGAUUCACUCUAAAUGGCUUAGGCACUGCUCUUCUGUCUGCCUCUAAUAUGAAAACAUAUUGUUUCAGGUGGACCAGCUGAGUGCAGAGAUUCAUGACCGUAAGAAAAGAGAUAAAGACAAAGUCAGCAGUGAGACCCAGACAGAGGAAUAUGUCUGGACAGAAACUGGUUGGUUUCUUUUUAUGUACAUUAAGUGUGUAAAAUGAAUAUUUUAUAAGAUAAGGUGUUAAGUGUUGAAACUAUCUCUACUUUUUCCAGACUACUACAAUUACUAUUAUGGAGGUUAUAGUCAGAACCCAGAGGCCACAUACACCGAGGACACACAGGCCCCUUACGUUCAGGAGGGAUUGGAUACAGUGGAAUCAGCGGCGUGUGCAGCUAAUGGCAGUCCAGCAGAUGAGGUGUCAGCAACGAAUGAAGCCGUAGCUGCUGAUGUGCCGGAGCAACCUGACAGCAGUGUGGCAGUGCCAGCAGAGGUUUGUUUUUCUAUAAUGUUGUUUAUGUACUGAAACAUGACAAAAAUGAAAUAGUUGAUUUGUGUGUGUUAGACAUUUGAGUUAAUGCUGUCUCUUACAGGAGGGUGAUGGAGGAUCCAUAGCAGACAUGUUGAGAGCCACUGCAGAACAGGCCAUGACACAGACUGGGUUUGUCUUUGAUGAAACUACUGGGAUGUACUAUGAUCACAGCACUGGUUUCUACUAUGACUCGGUUUGUCACUUACACUAUUCAUGGUAAGAUAAGGCUGCUUAUAGCAGAAAUUUAGAGGUGUAACUUGACACAUUUUUCCCUCCACAGGUCAGUCAGUUAUACUAUGAUGCCAACACAGGCAUUUACUACUACUAUGAUGCAGAGAGUGGGAAGUACCAAUUUCAUUCCCGGAUUGAGAUUCCUGCUGCACAAACUACUGCAGAGCCUCAUCAAGACAACAGUGGUGCUGAUAAGAAAGACAGAAAGUCCAAGAAGUGGUUCAAGAAGACCUUGCAUCAGGAUGAAAAGGUAACCACCUGGAUCUUUCCUAGAUGCAGGAAGAGAUUUGUUGUUUGUGUAUACCUGACAGCUGGCUUUGGACUUUGUAGUUUCACCUAAAAACACUGUCUUGUCAAAAAUUUCAUGGUUUCAGUCUUCAAAUAUCUGUUUUAUUAUUUUUGAAUAACUACUAGACCAGCAGACUAAAAGAAUGUCCUCUGACCUAGGUGCAAGAGGUGACUAAGUCAUUGGCUAAAAUGAAGAUUUCUUCUUACUGGGAUACUGCUUCACACAGAGGUACACCUUUUAAUAUCAAGACUGAAAACAAUUCAAAAGAAUUGUCCAGUUUUUUUUUAUUUGAGCAAGAAUAGUUUCUGCAAUUACAGUUAUACAUCACAUACAACAGCACUUAACAGGUAUGGGUACUCCUUAGUUUUGGGCAGACCUUCGAAGUGUUUGACUAUGAUUUAGACAGUCAGUGGUGUGUGUGUGUGUGUGUGUGUGUGUGUGGGAGGGAUACUUGGAAAAGUUGAAGUAGAAUUACCAACCAUUCACUGAUUCAUGACACAGGUCAUCAGACUUGCUAGCAUGACACUAUGAGUUCUUGAGUGUUUCAAAAAAGAUCACUCAUAAAUUUGUACACCAUCAUGGGCUAGAAAUUAGUAGAGGAUUGGAUCACUUGUAAUAGGAUCACUUAAUUUGGAGAAGAUCAGGAGUGAAGUCUCCCUGAAGACUGAAACCAUGAAAUCCGCAUCAGGCAACAGAUUGGAUAUGGGAUCUACAAAGCCAACUUGCCUGCUGUUAGUGAACAUUAAUGGAAAUACUGAUCUUACUGCUGACUGUCUGAUAGCAGGGAGGCACAUUUGAUGAAGUUAAAAUGAAAGAAGAGGAAACUGAGUGGGUCGAAAAACGAACAUCUAAAAGGAAAACGGAACCUGAAAAACAGAAGCGAAGGUCGUGCAGUCCAGAUCAGACACCACGGAGGAGAGACUCUUCGAAAAACCGUGACGAGAGAGAGAAAUCCUCUUCAAAGAGGAAGAAACAGAAGAACGGUUCUCAUCACGAUGAGAGGGAAAGAUCCAGGAAGAAAAGAAAAUCAUCCAAGUCAAAAAAGCAGAAGAAGAAAAAAAGCCCGGCUCUGAGUGAUGACCUAAGGGGGAGCAGUGAACCGGAGGAGGGUGAGAUCACAGAGUCGGAGACAGAGCACAGGGAGUCAGAUCACUCGUUGUCAUCAUCUCCUAGCUCCCUCCAGCAGGAAAGCCCUGAGUCAGAAAUGGAGACUCAGAUUCAGGAAGGUGAGAGGAAGAUGAGAGAAAUUCAGAGCCUGGUCAUGCCACACAUCUUAACUUAAAAUUCAUGGGUGCAUUAGAUAAAUCUUUUAGGGAAAUUUUGUCUAAUUAAAUUGUACUUUUCCUCCCUGAGAUUGCGUGUUCUUUUGACUAAUGCAUGUUUUUUUUCUUUUUUAAGCAGUUAAAGAAAUUUGGCCUCCUUGUGUGAGAGUAACGGUGGUCAGAUCACCAGUGCUGCAGGUGGGCACUCUGUACAUCAUCACAGCCGACUCUCCGGCCACCAUCGGCAGGUUCGUCAUAACCUUUUCAUACCCUGCAAAAGUAAUUCAGCAAAGUUUCAGAAAGUGUUGCCAAUGUAGGAAACAUGAAUCCAAACUUCUUGAAGACAACCUGCUUUAUUUCUUCUUUAGAGAAAAAGAAAUGGACCAUGCAAUCCGAAUACCAGAAGUAGGAGUCAGCAAGGUACUUCUCUGCUCUUCGAUUUCCCCACAAAGAUCAACAUUUUUCAUUGGUGCGUUGCAGGAUUACAUGAUGGUAAUAACUCUGAACUGUGCUUGGUUUAAGUUCCAUGCAGAGGUGUACUUUGACCAGGAGCUGCAGGGCUACAUGCUGGUGGACCAGGGGAGCCAGAAUGGAACAGUUAUCAAUGGGAACCGGAUCUUACAGGUGGCUAGUUAUCUCUCAUUUUUGGCUCCACUUUAGUAAUGGAAAAAAAUCCACCCAGUAAUGACACAAUAAUGUUCCUCAUGCAGCCAAAAACCAAGUGUGAGCCACAUGCACUGAUGCACGGUGAUGAAGUGAAGAUGGGAGAGACCGUGCUGUCCUUUCACAUACACUCAGGGACGGACACCUGUGAUGGCUGUGAACCUGGCCAGGUGAUGGCUCACCUUAGCAAGCAUAGGAAAGAGGAAACAGCAGGUGAGACACCUUAAGAGAAAUUAAUGUUAUAGAUUCCUGAACUUGCUCACACAUGUUUAAAAAGCUUGAAAUGCCUUCAUAUUUAAACUGUAAUGUGAGGAAUAUGUCUCUUCUUCAUUUUCCUCAAGGCCUUACUCUCUCUAAAGAGGAUAAAGAAGCGCUGAGGCAGAAGGAGCUGAAGCAGAUGAAGGCUAAAUAUGGCCUGCAGGUAAGUGAAUCAGGUAAACGGGCAGCCAGUUCACGUUUUAAUCCCACUUUUCAUAAAUAGCCAAUCCUGUCCCUGCUUUUUUUGUAAACAGACCGGUGAGUUUGAGGGGACCAAAGCCCUGAAAAACCCUAAAUACAAAGACAGAGCAGAGUCAAGGAGACAGACGGUGGGUAGUGAGGGUGUUUUCCAGAGAGAUGAUGCUCCAGCUUCUGUUCACGAGUAAGUACAUUGUCAUUUUCUUAAAGGGAUAAUCUGGAGUAAUAUUAAGUUAGGGCCAAACACACUGUAACACAGAGUUUGACACUCUCUCUCUCGAGAGAUGAAUGUUGCCAACCUCUUGCUUUCUAGUUAUACCAACUUUAGUAACGACCGCAUGAUAGCAAUACACAGUGGUCUACGUCUCCACGCGCACACCGCAACCAAAACGCCACUCUAUAGCCACAAAUAAUGCUCAGAACAGCAGCUAACUUCAUCAACAGUACAUAUAGGGUCCCAGCCACAGCAAUAGCCACCAAACAGGUUUUUAGCUUUGCCUGAUUUGUUAAGCAAAGUCAAACUCAUUCACUCUCUUCCAGCAGCCGCUUUUUUGUAGGGAGACCUCGGACGAGUCCAUCACCGACUUCAGCGGGGUGAUGCAGCUCAAGGAAGAACAUUUAUGAUCAUUUCUUUAAGGAAAUGCAAUCAGACAGAGAUGCUAAGGCAGAAGAUCUACCGCGUCUGCAGUGCAAAAUAAUUACUAUGAUUAUUACUUCAAGGAAAUGAUAAUAAUAAUAAUCAUAUUAAUCAUUUUGCACUGCAGACACAGUAGUUCUUCUGCCUUAGCAUCUCUGUCUGAUUGCAUUUCCUUAAAGAAAUGAUCAUAAAUGUUCUUCCUUGAGCUGCGUCAUCCCGCUGCAGUCGGUAAUGGACUCGCCCGAGGUCUCCGCACAAAGUUAAAAAGAUGCUUGGUGACUAGUACUAUGGCUGGGACCCUGCAUGUACUGUUGAUGAAGUUAGGUGCUGUUCUGAGCAUUAUUUGUGGCUAUAAAGUGGCUUUUUGUUUAAGGUUUGUGUGUGGCUCCUUAGACUGCUGUGUAUUGCUAUCUGCGGUCGUUACUGAAGUUGGUAUAACUAGAGAAGCAAGUGGUCACCGACAUUCAUCUCUCGAGGGUGUGUCUAACUCGGUGUUACGGUGUGUUUGACCGUACGUUAAUUUUACUCUGGAAUAUCCUUUUAAGAAUAAAUUUUACGCCGGACUAUCCCUUCAAGUGAAGAACACUAGAUGAAUUGCUAACAAUGUUUUUUUCUCCACUCUUUAAGGGAAAUCUCUGAAGUCAACAAAGGACGGAAGAUGCUGGAAAAGAUGGGCUGGAAGAAAGGGGAGGGGCUGGGCAAAGAGGGGACUGGAAUGAAAAACCCUGUAAGAGCAUCCGGUAGUUUCUGACAUGAUUCAAAUACUUAUCACAGCUAAAGAAUUUUUUGUUGACCUUUUUUUUGUUGUUGGUUCUUUCUCCACAGAUUGAACUAAAGAUCAGAAAGUCUCAGUCAGGUUUGGGGGCUGCUGCAGCUAUGUCCCUAGACAGCGUCUCUAUAACCAAAUCAAAGUCUCAGAAGAACUGGGAGAAAGCACGAGAGAGAUUUGCUGAUUCCUGCCAGCCUGACAUGCUGCCGUCUAAAACACAGGACAGCUCAGCCAAAGCCUGGGUCAAAUCAGAGGAGGCUGAGAUGACAGACACACAACCAGAAUUCAAUACAUGAAGAAGAAGUGAGAAAUAGAUGACUUUGUACAUCAGUGUUUGUUUUAUAGGCUGGGAGGUUUACUAUCAGUAAAGGGAGUCUCCUCUGUCUGCGAACUAAAGUAAGCAUAAGAGAUAUGCUGAGUUUUAUUGGUUCAGCCUUCAGCAUGAGGACACAUGGUUGACUGUAAGCACAAUUAAGUCACAGGCAAUUUACAAACUACGUUAGUUAAGUUUAUCAGCCGUGGGUGUAGAUUGUGGUCUGUGAACUGUGGGAAACAUUGCUGUCCUUAAAGAAGAGCAGCGUUGUGUUUUUCUGUUGUGAGUUUUCACAGGGCAGAAAUGCCACUGUGCCUCUCUCACAAGGACUUGAAUCGCCUCAAGCAAACAUUGACACAGGGAAGCUCUAUUUCUCACAAUGAGAUCAUGCUUCUAAGACUACUUUGGAUAUGUUUUGGCAACCUGUAAGUAAUCGUGUCAAACCAGUCACAACUACUCGGUGUAAAACUUUCCCAGCACUCUUUUCUUUUUUUUUUUUUUGUCAGUAAACGUUGCAAAAUGAAAAUCAAA